UGCUGACGGGCGGUUUGCCUGGGCAGGCGGAAACAGCCUCUGGCGCAGUGCAUUGUGGGGGAAUCCGAUGCAAGCCCCUUGUGGGGAGGAGCAACUGGGUUCUGGCAGUGGGCAGGGCUACUGGUGGCUGGCCAAUGGGGGGUUCAGAUGAGUUCCUGGUGGGCACGUGCCCAAGGAUGUGCCCACAGAGUGAACUGACACAGCGUGAGCGCCAGGGCCGCCUGCACCGGCUGGAGCUGCAGGAAGGGACGCGACAGGGGGACCCUGACCGUGUGGUAAAGGAGUAUUCCCGUCCAGCUGCUGGCAAGGAGCUGCCCCGGCCCCAGGAGCUGCGCCCUGCCCCAGUGCUGCUGACCACUGUGCGCUACCUACUGGGCCAGGUGACAUCGCGAGCUGACCUGCCCCCAGCUGAGGUCUAUGCUUUUGUCUCUGACCGGUUACGUGCUGUGCGCCAGGAUGCCACGCUGCAGCGGCUACAGGGGGCUCCGUGUGUGGCCCUGCUGGAGAGAUCAUUGGGCUACCUGCUCCAUGCUGGCUACCGGCUGUGCCAGGAACCCCCUGCCCACUUUGACCCCCACCUCCACAGCACUCAGCUCCAGGAGUGCUUCAGCUGGCUGCGGCGCUGCUAUCGAGACAGCUGUCACGACAGGGAGCCAGCCUUCCAGGCCCUUUUCCUCCUCUACAACCUGGGCUUCCCAGAAGCGCUGCGCCAGAUCCUGCAGCUCCCAGACCCUGUCCGGGCCUCCCCUGAACUCCGCACAGCACUGGCUGUCAACUGGGCUUACCUGGAGCGUGACUGGGCCAGGUUUUUCCGCCUGGUGCGGGCUCUGCCUUACCUGCCAAGCUGUGCCCUCCAUCGGCACUUGGGCCCUGCCCGGCGCUUGGCACUGCUCACCUUUAGCCAUGGCUUCAGUGCCAAGAACUGCCGCUGCCCCCUGGCCUGGCUUGCCCAGCUGCUGGCACUGGACAGCCCUGAGGAGAUGGAGGAGCUGUGCUAUGAUCAUGGGAUCACAAUGCUGGAUGGAGCCGUGGUCUUCCAGAAAGCAGAUUUCAGGGACCCCAGUGUACUAGUCCACAGCCACUCACAGCUGCUAGUGGACAGUAAACGAGGGGAGGUCCCCCUGCUAGAGAUCAUUGAAGAUGCCUGUAGCUAAUGAUCUGGAGAGACUUGGGGUGGGCGUUGGAAGCCAGGACUCCUGAGUUCCUUGCUUUGGGAGGGGUGUGGGGUCUGGGUUGGACUGGAUUGGGAUUCAGGACUUGUGGGUUUUAUUGCUGUCUCUGGGAAAGGCUGAGAAGGAGGGCUAGGCUCCUGGCUUCU